CUCGGAGAAGCCACUUCCGCCGCCUCGCGUGCCUGCCGCGGGUUGGUCUUUCCCGGAGAAGAGCGGCGUGUUUGAGGGGUGCCUGGUCUUCCUCCGCCGCCAUGAAGCCGAGAAAAAAUACCAAGCGGGGUCCAAGCUUCCGUAAGUUGUUGAAAACAAGUAAAAUAAAACUUGACAACAAGUUAAAAAACAAACAGUACAAGCAGCAGAGCACUGCAAAGAAAUACAGAAAAGAACAAAGGAAAUUGAGACAAGCUGUCAAAGAUGUCGUAUCCAGGAAACCGGUACCUUUGGAUGACCAGAAAAAGCAUCCAGAAAGGAAGGAAGAAGAGGAGGAGGAAGAAGAAGCUCUUCCUCUUGAUAUGAUGGAUGAAGAUGACCUAAAGUUAAUGGAGGAACUGGCUCAGAAAGCAUCUUUUAUAACAAGAGACCUGUCUUCCACUGAACCUGUUCAUGCCAGGAAACGUAAGAAUGAGAGUGUAAUUGAGAAAUAUGAGAAGAUGCCACGGCGCAUGCAGGCUGAGCCUGAGAAAGAACUGAUUCAUCUGCUUCCCAUCAAAGACAGGCACGGAAUCAUUCCGCAGACCAUGGAAAAGCCAGUUGUUAGAACAGAAGAGGAGGAGGAGGAGGAUACAGCAGAAGAAGUGGAAGCAGAAGAAGCCCUCGAAGAACCUUUGCCUGUUCUCACUGCUGAAGAACUGUUAGUUCACAGAAGAAAGAAGCUGCAAGAGAAGAAAAUACACAUUGCUUCCUUAGCAUCUGCUAUCGUUUCUGACCCAGAUAACAAUAUAAAGAAACUGAAAGAAUUGCGUGCAAUGUUAAUGGAACAGGAUCCCAAUGUAGCUGUGAUUGUGCGGAAACUGGUGAUGAUUUCUCUGAUGGAGCUAUUUAAAGAUAUUACUCCAUCUUACAAGAUCAGGCCUUUGACUGAGCACGAGAAAAACACAAAGGUUAGAAAAGAAACUCAGAAGUUAAGAGAAUUUGAAGAAGGCCUUGUGAGCCAAUACAAGUUUUUUUUAGAAAAUCUGGAGCAAACUGUGAAAGACUGGAAGCAAAGGAAGGUGAAAAAAAGCAACGUGAUUUCGCUGAAGGCUUACAAAGGCCUUGCAGAGAUUGCUGUGAAAUGCCUAUGUGAGCUGCUGGUGGCCCUGCCUCACUUCAACUUCCACAACAACAUUAUUGUACUGAUUGUGCCACUCAUGAACGAUUCUUCGAAGCAGAUUUCAGAAAUGUGCUGUGAUGCAGUGAAGAGCCUCUUCAAGCAGGAUAAGCUAGGAUUUGCCUCACUCGGUGUGGUGAAGGUGAUUUCUGGCCUUGUGAAAAGUCGAAAUUAUGAUGUCAGACCUGAAGUAUUGUUGACACUUCUUCACCUAAGAAUUAAGGAAGUAGAAGUAAAAAAAGAUGCAGAAGAUAUAACACCAAGGAAGAGGUUCAUGUCCUGUAAAGACAAAAGGAAAAAUCUAUCAAGGAUGCAAAGAAAGUGGAAGAAAGCAGAGGAGAAGCUGGAGCGAGAACUCUUAGAAGCAGAAGCCUCAGAGAAUGCAGAGAAAAAAUUGAAACUGCACACAGAAACCCUGAACAUUGUGUUUUUAACUUACUUCAGAAUUCUGAAGAAAGCACAGAAGUCUCCCCUUUUGCCAGCUGUGUUAGAAGGUCUUGCAAAGUUUGCCCACCUCAUAAACUUGGAAUUUUUUGAUGAUCUUUUGAUAGUUCUUCAUUCUCUUAUUAUGUCAGGGGUGCUGAGCCACAGAGAGAGUCUGCACUGUAUUCUUUCUGCUUUUCAUAUUUUGUCCGGUCAAGGUAAAGGUAUUGAAGGAGCUACAAAUGAAGAUGUGGCAAUAAUGUUGCAGUGCUUGGAUGUGAUGCUCACCAAGCGUCGGAAACAGGUGUCCCAGCAGAGGGCUCUUGCUUUUAUAAAGCGCCUUUCCACACUAGCCCUCCAUGUUCUUGCAAAUUCCAGUAUUGGGAUCUUGGCAACCAACAGAACAUUAAUGCAUACUUUUCCAAAGACCGACCUUCUUCUAGACAAUGAAUCUCAAGGGAGUGGACUUUACCUUCCAGAGCUGGAUGAACCAGAAUACUGUAAUGCACAGAAUACUGCACUGUGGGAAUUGCAUACUCUAUGGAGGCACUAUCAUCCAAUUGUUCAGAAAUUUGCGGCUCAUCUUGUAGCUGGUGCUCCAAGUGAAGGAUCUGAAGCUCUUGGGCAUGAAUUGAGUCGGAGAUCACCUACAGAACUUUUUGAGGCCUACAGUAUGAAAGGAAUGACAUUCAAUCCUCAUGUUCCAUCAGUUGCUCCCAGGAAAAAGGGCAAACCUUUUCAAGGGGAAUCAUUUCUCAAUGAAGAUCUGAAUGAACUAUUUAAGACUCAUCUUGCAAAACCUGCUGUCCAAGGAGCCCUGGAUUUUGCAAAACACCUAAGAACUUUGCCUGUGUCAUAGCUACUUACCAAGCAAUUUGAGCUAUUAAAUACAACCAAGUGUCGGAAAGAAAAGGUGGUCUGUUCUGCAAGUAAUUCAGACAAUGUUUUUACUGUUGAUACUGGGUUUUUUAGGAUCUAAAGUCUGUAAAUAAGCAACAUAGCAUGUUUCAUACAUUUUACAACAUUCAAGAAUUCAGAAAUUGCGAUUCUGUGCCGAUCAGUGACAUCUGUAGGCUGCUAAAGUUGGAAGUGGCUUUGAUGCUUAUAUAAAUAUUGUACAGUAUUCACAGUGCAAAAUUAUGUUUUUUCUAAAAAUAAGGAUUGACUUUUGGAGAACUGUUUUAAUUUAAAAUACAUAUUAAAUGAAGAACUGUUUCAUUGUUUUGUUGACUUAAGUGGGGUAUACAAAUCCAUAAAAAUAGCAAAAUGAACCAAAACAACAAAUUAGUCUUAAACCUCCACCUGCCUAGUGUAAUCAUUAUCAUCAUCUUAGAACUGCAGAAUUGGAAGGGACCCUGUGGAUCAUUGCGUCCAGUUCCCAACCUCUGGCUCUGCAGCCAGAUGCCUGAAACAGCAUACUAGUAGUUGUGAUACCUGACAUGAUGUAUGUGGAAUUUUAAAAAGUAAUGUUGAAUGAGAUAAAAUGGGUUGUCUGAGUUGUUGACUUCAUGAAUUUUAAAGGUACACAGAAUCAACCAAAGCUGCAGUGGGAGUUCCUUUGUGCAUCUCAGACAAAUACUGGGCCUCUGUGGCAGAAAAGCACAACAGUAACAGCAGUUGUUAAUGCUGAUACAGUAGAGCAAAUGUGUAAGAUUAACUUAAAUAUUCCUCUUUCUCCUACAGUGAAAUGCCCUCAGAUGGCAUUACACUGCUCCUGCUGUAGCUGAAUUGGGACAAAUGCUAGAAUAAUGAAGUUGGAAGGAAAAAUUCAUUGCAGAAUGUCUACAAAAAUUACUAUAUUUUUCCACUACUGUAUACUUUUGUCCAAAAUCUUUAGACUAAAAAUUGAGGGUCGUCUUAUACACGGAACUAAGCUGAGGAGAGAAGAAGCACAAA